GCAUUGUGAAAGGCAAUAUAAAUUUUAUAGUGAUUCUCAGAUAGUGCUGAGCGCAAUUGGCUCCGCCCGAGACCAUUCCCGUCCUAUAUUGUUCCCAACACGGACAUGGAGCACUGUUGCGUAACAACAUCGUGCCCCACCAACACCACCUCUUGAGCUCAUUAUCCCAGCUCUCACCUUAUCCUGCACCUCAUCCCAGACUUGACACCCGUCUUAAAUUCAUUAUUCUUUGCUGUACUUCCGCUGAUACCUCAUUUGUUCAAUCUCCUCACUAGCUAUGGCGGCGGAAUUAGUGACCGACCCAACCGUGGAUGCCAACCAGGACAUUCCUAGCCCGUCACAGAAGCGCGUCAUAUGUGUGUUCUGUGGCUCAUCAACCGGCGGCUCUCCAGUGUAUCUGGAGGCUGCUCGAGCGCUCGCUCGUGAGCUCCACCGGGAGAACAUCAAGCUCGUAUACGGCGGUGGCACAGUUGGGCUGAUGGGCGAAGUUGCGCGCACGUUGGUCUCUUUAUCCGGGCCUGACAGUGUUCACGGAAUUAUUCCUGAUGCGCUCAUCAAAUACGAGCAAGAUGUACCAACAACAGAUGGCGCGAAAAACACAAUCGACGAGAAGGUUUAUGGAAAGACCACCGUUGUUCCAGAUAUGCACACUAGGAAGCAGAUGAUGGCCCGCGAGGUCAUACAGGGUGGUCCAGGCAGUGGUUUCAUCGCUCUCCCCGGCGGAUAUGGUACGCUUGAGGAAUUGAUGGAGAUCGUCACUUGGAACCAACUCGGUAUCCACGGGCGCGGUGUCGUCGUUUAUAACGUCGAAGGCUAUUGGGAUGGCCUGAUUCAGUGGGUCAAGUCGGCCGUUACCGCGGGUUUCAUCUCGCCUGGUAAUGCUGGUAUCUUGGAGGAAUCAUCAAGUGCGGAAGGCGUCGUUCGUUGCUUGGCGGAAUACCGAAACGCGGAGGGGAGAUAUAAACUCAAAUGGGAACAGAAUUGAGAAAACGCUGUUGAUACAGCUUCAUGAUACACGAAAUAUAGAACCUUUAAGAAAUAUCAAGCAAUCGCAUUAACAAUCAGAUGAAUGAGCCAAGC